CUUUGCUAGGGAGGAAAUUUCACAUAAACACUGGAUCUUUAAAUGCUAAUCUUUCUUUCCCUUCAAUUCUUCAAUCUUCUGCUCCCGCCUUGUCUUUCAUCUCUGGUUCGGUGAUAGUUGAAACAAAAAAACAUGUACAUCUCUACUUACCACAUUUCCAAAGUUUUAGAAGAUCAAAUUUUCCUAGAUUUCUUGUAUUGUGAACUAGACAAGGAUGUAAGUUUUGAAUCAUUUCGUGGGCAUUCGAGACUCAUUCCAAUUUCUGCUGACUACAUAAAUAAUUUUUUCUUCGACCAAAAUCAUGUAAUGAAUUUACUUAGUAGACUUGAAUUUGCAGCAUGGCGGUGCGGAUCCAAAAGUAGAGAAGAAUACAAGAAAUUUUUGAAUUGUUUUGUUUCGUUCGUGCAAGAGCUUAAAGUAUUCUUCGCAGUCCCAAAGCAACAAAUGUCAAAGAUCACGAAUCCCCACCAUAAUGAACUUGUGGUUUUUAUCAAGUUUCUUCUCCAAAUUUUAGAAGAAACAGAGAGUCUUGAGACAGAGUCAAUUGUUUCAGUCAAGCUUUCAAUCAAAAUUCUUGAGACAGAGCUUCGAUUUCUAAUCACAUUUCUUGGGGAUACACCAAUGUCACAUCCCACUGAAACCGAGAACAUGUUGACAGAUAUGGAAUCUCUGGUCAACGAGGUAGGAAAUUUCUUAUUUUCCUUCUUAUUUACCUGGAAUGAUCCAGUCAUGAUGACUGGAGUAUUGGAUCUGUCUAUAUCAGAUUUGUUAUCAAAGUUCGAGCUAUUGAAAACAAAGAUUAAGGAGCACUGCAUCACAGUCUUCAAGUUGCCAAGUAUUAUGACUCCAAAGACACGUGUGGUUUCAGUCUUCAUUGUGGAUACCCUCCUUGAUGACCUCAACAACCUAAUGAAUCACAGGGCUUACACUAUUGAUGGUGUGCAAGAUCAAAUCAUCACACUCCAUGAGGAGCUGAUGUUGCUAACAUCCUCAAUCGAAGAUGUAGUGUCGGUGUCGCAGACAAAGACAAAAGUUGAAGAGAUUGUGAUGGGAAUCGUAGACAUAGCCUAUGAAAUUGAUUAUGUUAUUAACUCUUUUCCUCCUGUUUGGUAUCUCACCCUCAGGCUCCCUCAAUUCAUGGAAAGUUCUAGGCUUAAUAGGAUAGCUAUCAAAGAAAUGCAGAAAAAUAUUGAUGUUGGAAUACCAGAAGCUAUAAAAUAUCCGAGUGAACAAGAAUUGCCACCUCCCAACUCAGAAGACAUAUUUGUUGGGUUCAAGAAUGAGGAAACCAAAAUUGUAGGGCAACUUGUUGGAGGACUGAACAAGCUACAAAUUGUUACCAUCUUUGGGAUGCCUGGACUCGGUAAGACAAGCUUAGCAAAAAAACUUUACAACAACGAAUCCAUUGUUUAUCAUUUUGACAAACGUGCUUGGUGUGUUGUUUCACAAACAUAUCAGACUACAAACAUGUUGAUUGAAUUAUUGAGGUCAACAAGCCACAUAAACAAAGAAAAGAUUAAAAAAAUGGACGAAGAAAGCUUGGUCGAAGAGCUUUACAAGAGUUUAAAAGGAAGGAGAUAUCUCAUUGUCAUGGAUGAUAUAUGGGAUACUGAACCGUGGAAUGAUUUGAAAAGAUAUUUCCCAGAUGACAGUACAGGAAGUAGAAUCUUAUUCACCACUCAGCACAAAGAAGUUGGUGUGCAAGCUUCUCCUAAUAGUGUCAUCAAUAAACUUCCUUUCAUGUCCGAAGCUGAAUGCUGGGAAUUAUUACAACGGAAGGUGUUUGAGAAAGAAAAUUGCCCACCAGAAUUGCUGGAUAUUGGGAAGCAAGUCGCAAAAAAUUGCCUGGGACUACCUCUUGCAGUUGUUGUGAUAGCAGCAGUUCUUGCAAAUAUGGAGAAGAAAGUAUACUUGUGGCAAGGAAUUGUAGGGAGUUUAAAUUCACUCAUAUAUGAAGACUCAAACAAUUGCAUCCAGAUACUAGAACUUAGUUACAAGCAUUUGCCUGCGCAUUUGAAACCAUGUUUUCUUUACUUUGGAGUAUUCGAUGCAUACAAAAAAAUCCCAGUACGCAAGUUGAUAUCACUAUGGAUUGCCGAAGGAUUCAUAAAGAAAGAAGCAAACAGGCAUCCAGAGGAUGUGGCAAAGGGAUAUUUGAUGGACCUAAUUGACAGGAGCCUAGUUCUAGUCGUAGAAAAAAGAUCUGAUGGGGGUGUUAAAACUUGUAAUAUUCAUGAUCUAUUGCAUGGAAUGUGCUUGAGGAUAGCUAAAGUGCAAAAACUUUCUGAAGGUGACGGAAAAACCUGUUGGAGAACGUGUGUGCUUCUUGUUAGGCCGCAGGGUCUUGGACUUGUCACACUCGGACUUGGGAUAUUAUUAUCAAACUGAAGAGAUUGAACCAAUGGCUGCAAUGAGGUACUUGGCAGGUUCACAGAUAUUUACAUUAGUUCAGCUGAGGUACUUAGCAGGUCCAAAUAUAUUUUCACUGAAAUCAAUCGAAAGCCUCCACAAAAUAGAAUUUCUGUUUUUGGACAAUGCCAAAGAAGUGGAAAUACCUGACAUCCUUCUUAAUAUGGCUAGCUUGAGAAUUCUGAACUACACGGGUGGUGCAUAUUUCAGUAAAUCUAGCCAUUGGCGAGCAACUAAGGAUGAGAGCUUCCAAAUAUAUAACCUACAGCAUAUUUCUCUUCUUUCUAUUCGUGAUAGUAAGGAUAAGGAAAUUUUGAGAUGUUCACCAAAUCUUCGGAGAUUGAAAUGUCAAGUUGAAGUAUUUCAGGAUCCAUGUCUGCCCUACUUGCCAUUUCUUUCAUUUGAAUUUCUUAAUCAGCUGGAGUCAUUCAGUUUAAAAUUUUGUGGUCCUAAGGGGAGAGAUUUUGAUCCCAAUUGGAUUAGUUUGCCCUUGAAUCUCAAGAAAUUAACUCUAAGUAACACUUCUUUGUCUACGGAACAAGUGAGCGUAAUUGGGAGGUUGCAGAAUCUCGAGGUUCUCAAAUUGCAAUAUGGUUUCCUUGAUGCCAAGCAAUGGGACACAAGGGAAGAUGAGUUCCAACAACUCAAAUUCUUGGAACUAAAUGGGGAAAAAAUUGAACAAUGGAAUGCCUCUAGUGAUCAUUUGCCUAGACUUCAACGAUUGGUGUUGAAAAAUUGCCACCAUUUGGAGAUGAUCCCUUUCUGUUUAGGUGAUAUUCCAACAUUACAAAUGAUAGAGGUACAUUCGUGCAAUAUAUCAACAGUAAAAUGUACUAUGCUAAUUUAUGAAGAACAACGAGAGAUGGGAAAUGAGCUUCAAGUCCUUAUCUCAAGCAACACGCACUGUGAGUAAACAGAGCAUCAGUUUCUGGUUGUGCACGAAUAACAGGUCUCUUUUAAUUUAUAUAAUUGUUUGUAUCUAUAAUUUUUGUUGUGGGAGAUUCAUUUAAAUAACCUUCAAAGAUAUUUCUAGCAGUAAUGGAGAUAGAUUCUCUCCUUUCAAUCUCUUUCACAUUUUUCGUCUUAGUCUUCAUUCAAUGUACUGUUUCCUUUGCAGGUAAUAUGACUUGGGCGUCUAUUUGUUGUGCGCAACAUAAAGAUGAAAUUAAACAUGUAUCUAUUUAUUAUAUAUUUGUCUUGGGCUGAAUUUCUGAUAGCUGGCUCUAUUUAUGAUCCUGUUGAUGCAAUAUAAGGAACUAGUAUUCCACAAAGUGCAUUUUUUGGUGCAUUGAUUUUCUAUUAUCUGAGCUUUUUACCAUGCUUGAAUAAUUUAAAAUAUGUAAUAUGAGUACACACGAGUACACAACCUCUAAAGAGACCUGAGACCUGGAAUAAAAUUGGCAUUUUACAAGAGAUUGUCAAAAUGAAAGUAACUUGUAUUUAACUGCUAAUCUUCUCCAACCAGAUCUGUAUGACUAUAUCUACCACAAAAGCCCAAGCAUGGCGCCUCUUCAGUCAUCCACACGGAGAGAAAGCAAGAUCAACAUUCCAACCAAUCAGCGGAGGAGCCAGUGCCAGCAACCUUUGACGGUGAUGAAGAAAGCAAGAUCAAAAUUGAAAGAUCACGUCAAUGGAAGGAACGUAAAUAUUAAGCUUCUUGAAGACAUACAAGAAAUUUGCAAACUGUUUCUCAAACUUAUCGUUCUGCAGCCUUUGGAAAAAUAGGACUGGAGUCAGAUAUGAAAGGUUCUAUUAAUCUGUAGAGUAACUGAUUUCUGCUCUAGCUUUUUCAUUGGUGAUUAUUGAGACUAAUCUAAUUGCUUCUCAUCCCCAUGCCUCUUUACAUUGAUAAUCAUUAGUGGUAGAUACCUCUUUUAUCUUCAACCCCAUGCCUCUUUACAUUGAUAAUCGAAAGCUGAACUUCACUCCAUAUGGUGAUAGCAUGAAUUAUCUUCUUUAGGCCGUUUUCGAAGCCUUUGAGAAAAUGGGAAUCAAAGGCACAUAAGCUUGUUCUGGGGACGUAGUUUUCCUGGUUGGUGGAAUAUCGACGACAUCAUUCUCUAUGAUUUUGAUAGGUAACACCUAUUUCCGUGGAUUUAUUUUCAUAUUACUAAGUAAGGUGCCUUGUACUCUAUUGGAUAAAAGUUGUUGCUAUCUGCCCCACCUAUUUUCUAGAUUUUGUAUCGAGGAUUGCUAGUUUUGCAAUGUAUUUUCGAUUUUUGUGAAGUAUUGAACAAGUAUAUCUUCUAA